CACUCAAAAGUUGGAAGAAAAAAAUGGAAACUUUUUCUGAUCUAUCAUCAACAACAACAAGAUCCAGGUCUUGUGAAAGCUUUUUUAAUGAUGGUGUUGAGCAAAUACCAGAGGUAGUGGAAGAGGAAGAAGAACAAAUGGAGGAGAUUUCUUGGAAUACCAACACACCACAAAGUGGCUGGUUCAGGAAUGUUGAGGAGCCAUGGUUGAAUAGUAGAUCUCAAAAGAAGAAAAAUCAAGUCUUUCUUGAAGGGUAUGUAGAAAAUUCAGAUGAAGAUGAACUAGGGAGGACAAAGAGUUUGACAGAUGAUGAUUUGGAGGAGCUUAAAGGGUGUUUGGAUCUUGGUUUUGGGUUUAGUUAUGAUGAAAUUCCUGAGCUUUGUAAUACUUUACCAGCUCUUGAACUUUGCUAUUCUAUGAGCCAAAAGUACCUUGAUGAACAGCAGAAGUGUUCUGAUGCUAUGUCUGAUACUGGUUCUUCAGGAUCUGGUCAUGUUGCUAAUUGGAAGAUCUCAAGUCCUGGUGAUGAUCCUGAAGAUGUGAAAGCAAGGCUGAAAUACUGGGCUCAAGCUGUGGCGUGCACCGUUAAGUUAUGUAACUAAAAAGGGGAGAAUGGAAGCCAAGAAAA